AUGCGCAAUAUUGAAUACAUGUUCGGCAUUGUUGGUAUUCCAGUCACUGAAAUUGCAAUUGCAGCCCAAGCAGUUGGAAUAAAAUAUGUAGGAAUGAGAAAUGAACAAGCUGCGUGUUAUGCUGCGUCUGCUGUUGGAUAUUUGACUGGCAGACCAGGAGUAUGCCUUGUAGUGUCCGGUCCAGGUUUUUUACAUGCCCUUGGUGGGAUGGCAAAUGCAACCAUGAACUGCUGGCCUUUGAUUGUUAUUGGAGGUUCUUCUGACAGAAAUCAGGAAACCAUGGGAGCUUUCCAAGAAUUCCCACAGGUUGAAGCUGGUAGGCUGCACGCUGUAAGAACCAGCAUAUAUGGUCGUCCAGGUUCCUGCUAUAUUGACAUACCUGGGGAUUUUGUGAAUCUUCAGGUGAAUAAGAGCGCUGUCAAGUAUGUGGAAUGCUGCCUGCCACCUCCCAUCAGCAUGGCUGAACACUCUGCUGUAUCUGAAGCAGUGUCUGUCAUUGCUUGUUCCAAGCAGCCUCUGCUAAUCAUUGGCAAAGGUGCUGCUUAUUCACACGCUGAGAACAACAUCAGAAAGUUGGUGGAACUUUGUGGACUGCCUUUUUUGCCUACACCAAUGGCAAAAGGAGUAGUUCCUGAUAACCAUCCAAAUUGUGUAGCUGCAGCAAGAUCAACGGCAUUACAGCAUGCUGAUGUAAUCAUCUUACUUGGUGCAAGGUUGAAUUGGAUUUUGCAUUUUGGUCUUCCACCAAGGUUUCGAGAAGAUGUAAGGGUUAUUCAGAUUGAUAUUUGUGCAGAGGAGCUGGGAAAUAAUGUGAGGCCAGCUGCAGUUUUAUUAGGUGACAUAAAUGCCGUGACUAAUCAGCUCUUAGCAGAAUUCAGCAAAAGACCAUGGAAAUAUCCUUCUAAUUCUGAGUGGUGGAAGAGGCUGAAAGAGAAAAUAGUGAACAAUGAGGAAAGAUCAAAGGAAUUAGCAUUACAAAAAUCCCUGCCUAUGAAUUAUUACACAGUCUUUCAUCAUAUCAGAGAACUGAUACCCAAGGACUGCAUCUUAGUAAGUGAGGGAGCAAACACCAUGGACAUUGGACGGACUGUGCUUCCCAAUUACUAUCCCCGUCAAAGGCUCGAUGCAGGUACUUUUGGAACAAUGGGAGUGGGACUGGGUUUUGCUAUUGCAGCUGCAAUGGUAGCUAAAGACCAAACACCGGAAAAGCGAGUCAUCUGCAUAGAGGGAGAUAGUGCUUUCGGAUUUUCUGGGAUGGAGGUGGAGACUAUUUGCAGAUACAACUUGCCAAUCCUGAUUAUCGUAGUAAAUAACAAUGGGAUUUACACUGGUUUGGAUGCAGAUGCCUGGAAGGAGAUGUUAAAGUUUGGAGAUCCUGCUACAUGUGUGCCUCCUGUUUCUCUACUGCCAAAUUCACGCUAUGAGCUAGUUAUGUCUGCCUUUGGAGGUAAAGGAUACUUGGUUAAAACACCAGAAGAAUUGCAGAAUGCUCUGAAAGCAAGCAUCACUGACAAGCAGACACCUGCUCUUAUAAAUGUAAUGAUUGAUCCACAGUCUGAGAGAAAGAAACAGGAAUUUCCCUGGCUGACUCGUUCGAGCCUGUAG